AUGGCUGCGGUGGAUCGUUUCCACCUCUUGUACAGAGAGAUCAGUCGCUCCUGCAACUUUUACAUCGAGGCCCUGGCUAUAGUUGGAGCUUGGUACACGGUCAGAAAGUGUGUGUCCCUUGCGUUCAACACCUAUGGCAUGCUCAGGCUGCAUGUCAUUCCCAGGCUGGGCGGCAAGAUUGAUCUUGUCAAGCGGUAUGGAAAAUGGGCUGUGGUCACUGGUGGCACAGAUGGCAUUGGGAAGGCAUAUGCUGAAGAACUGGCAAAGCGUGGGAUUAACAUCAUCUUAAUCAGCCGAAACAAAGAGAAGCUGGAGGCUGUCUCUAGAAGCAUAUCUGAAACCUAUAACGUGGAAACAGAUAUCAUAGUAGCUGACUUCAGCAAGGGGAGUGAGCCUUACUCAACCAUUAAGGAGGCACUGAAAGACAGAGAAAUUGGCAUUUUGGUGAAUAAUGUGGGAAUUUUUUAUCCCUACCCGGACUAUUUUGCCAACCUCUCUGAGGAUAUCCUGUGGGACAUGAUCAAUGUAAAUAUAGUUUCUGCUAACAUGAUGACCCAUAUUGUGCUGCCAGGCAUGGUAGAGAAGAAGAGAGGAGCAAUUGUGAAUGUUUCUUCUGCAUCCUGUUGCCAGCCAACACCAAUGCUGACCAUCUACGGAGCCUCUAAAACCUACCUGGACUAUUUCAGUAGAGCACUACAUUAUGAGUAUGCCUCCAAAGGAAUUUUUGUUCAGAGCUUAACCCCUUUUGUCAUUGCUACAAAAAUGGUAGCAUGCAGCAAUGUUGCAUCAGAGAGAUCUUUCUUUUUUCCUUCUGCUGAAGAAUAUGCAAGUCAUGCAAUUUCUACUCUUGGGUUAUCCAUAAGGACUACUGGGUACUGGAAGCAUGCAAUAAAGUUCAUGCUGGGUGAGUGCAUACCUGAACGCAUCUGGGCAUGGUUUGCAAUGUAUUUUUGCAGAUACAUAUUCAAGGAAUCUUAA